AAAAGAAUAAACUAUACAUUAUUACUAGAGUUUAAUAUACAAAACAAAAUACUAAAAAGAUUUUACUAAAAAUGCCAAUAGAACAAAGACCAUAUAGUAAUACAUUACAUCAGAGUGGUGAAAGAAAAGCUGUUAUUAAAUAUGUUGAAAUGAGUAAAGAAAUGCAACAAGAUGCUGUACAAACUGCUGCAAUGGCUAUGGAUAAAUAUAAUGAUGAUAAAGAUAUUGCAUUAUUUUUAAAAAAAGAAUUUGAUCGUAAAUAUGAACCAACAUGGCAUUGUAUUAUUGGAAGUAAAUUCUCAAGGUAUGAUAAUUUACUGUUGUUGUUUUGUUGUGUUUUUUUGUUGGUAUUAUCCAUAGUUUAAUAUCUGUACUUUUCAAAUGUGAAAUAAAAUGAAUGAUUAAUAGUUAUUAAGUUUACUCUUCCUUUCUUUAUUAUAAGUGUACAAAAUUAAAAGGAAAACUAGUACACUUACGGAAAUGUUUGGAUCUAAUUUUAAUGAAAUCUUAAAAAAGAUAUUGAAUGAUAUCUGGUUAUUAACAUUUAUAGUUUACUUGGAGAUAUCUUGGUUUAAACUUCUAGGGUUUUACUGAGAAAAUUCGAUAAAUGAAAUUGAUUUCUUAAAGUGUUUUUUUAUCAGAAAGGGGCUUUUGUGGAUAUUAUAAUAGUUUCAAUAGUUGAGUUCAUAAGUCAGUCAAUUGAAACUAGAUCAUCAUGGAAAACUUGGAACUAUUGGAUGGUCAUCUCAUUUUGUUAAUUGUCUUUUUAUUGAAAAAAAACACAUUUUAACUUUUUUGCUCUCAUAACAUUUACAAAGAAAGUAUACUUACAUUUGAAGUAAUAAUAAUAUUAGUAAUUAAUGAACCUUUUUACUACUUUCUCUACAUCUUUCUUAGUCUAUCUUGAAUAAUUUCUUGGAAUAAAUGUACUUUGAUCAUAAUAAGUCGAAGAAAAAACUACUUUUAAAUAAUUAUUUGAUUGUAUCUUUUAAUUGAUUAUAGUAAUCUAAAUGGUUUUGAAUAAUUCGGUUACUAAAUUCUAACUUUUCUUUUAUUCAAUUAACUUAUUUAAGUAGUCACCAUAAAAUAUUUUAAAGUGAACUAAACUGAAACAAUCAGAUAACUUAUGAAGUAAAUUAUAACUUUAAAAAUAAGUAGGUAAUAAUUAUGAAAACUAUAAAUAGGAAAUCCUCUUUUAAUCUUGAAUAUAUUUCAUACACAUACAAGAUAUUAGGUCGAUACCUUACAAUAUUUUAAGGUGAUUAGUAAGCAGUUAAACUCUAGUAUUCUGUAGUUUGCUGAAGUCGUUGCUAUCAGUCAUUAAAAACCUGUGUUCAAAAGGAGAUGGUUAUUAAUCUUUCCUUGACUUGGUGAUAAAUAUUCCUUUUUUAUUUCUUUCUUGCAUUUAUUACAUCAUUGUAAUUUUAAUUCGACUGUCUUCAAGAUUAAUAAUCUUAUUUUAUCAACUGAGCUCUACGCAUUUUGUUCUUAUCAACAUUUACUCAUUAUGUAAUCACUUGUUUCUGGUCAUUUGAACUGUUCCCACAAUUAAUGUUGUAGAAUAUUCUUUUACAUAAAGUAUAUAUUUACAGUAUUCAGUCUACUAAUAUUAUUUACAACCUUGCUAUAUUAUACUAAUGUGUCUUCAAUAUAACUUCAAACUAAACCCUUUCACGUAAGUAAUUUAAACGCAUUAUGUAGUUAUGAUUUUUUAAAUAUCGCAGGUUGUAAGCAGUUGACGAGAACCAAUGAAAUAAAAUGAGUUCAUGCUGCUCUGCUAAAAUCUUUGUUCUUGCUCUUUUCUGAAUAUAUUUAUAUGAAUGCAAUAUGUAUUGUUAGUAAUCAUAUUCAGUUUUGCAUUAGUUACAUCAGUUAACUGAAUAGUUUAGCAUUAAAGGUCUAUUAUCCGGGUAAUGAAACCGGUUUGAAUUUAUUGUUUGAUACUUUAUUGUCAAUCAUUAAAAGGAAAAGAGUUAGUUUUCUGUUAAAUGCCAUCUUGUAUGUUACCAUUGGAUAACAUUGGUAAAAGUAACAUAAAAUCACAUUAUCUUUCAAUAAUAGCCGAGUUUACUAACAGUUUGUAAAUGAACUUAAAAUAAUUUAAAUGUUUUUGUUUGUAAUUAUUGAAUAACUAUUCUUUAUUGUUUUCCUCUUUAGUUAUGUAACGCAUAUAAAACAAUUCUGUAUUUACUUUUCAUUGGAAGAUCGUGGAGUUCUUCUUUUCAAAACUGUAUGAAAUAUUCAACUAAAAAGUCUAUUUCAUCAUUACUUGUAUUAGUUACGAUUAUAAUAAUAUAGAUAUCAAGUGAAUAUAUUGAUUUAUGAUAACAAAAUGAUCAACAUAAUAUAAUUUAAAUCUGAUUUUGACCAUUUACAUAAAUUUAUUUAGUUUAAUUAAAAGAUUCUCUUUGAUGUUUUUUUAUUAUACUUAGCGGGUAUUAAUAGUGCAAGGUUACACUAAUUACAACAUAACAUACUGACUAAUCGAGAGAUAUUCAUCUAGUCCUCAAAUCCGCCUCAAGUCAAUUGACCACAUUUUAAGUAACCAUAUAGCUGUCAAUGAAAUAAUAACAUAUAAUAAGACUGACAUGGGUUUUCAACAUGUAAAGGGAAUGAUCGUACAGCCGAGUUUGUUUUUGCAUUGAGAAAUGAAAAAUAUAAUGAAGAUGCAAAAAAUAGCUGAUAAGACUUCUAACUGAACGCUCGAAUAGGUUUCCUAAACGAUUCUAUUAAACCCAGGCGAAAUCUACACAACAACUGGAACACAACAG